CUUCAGCCCUGCAAUUCACAAAUCAUAUCAUCUUCCCAUAAGGACUACGAAGAGCUGGUCCCGAACUCGAUCUAGAAGCCCAUGAUGCACGAAUGCAGCAGCCACUUUGGGUUCGUUGCUCGAUGAGGUCGUGGUCGUCGCUUCAAGCUCUACAGACCACAACAACCAUGGCUCUGAGGGAUCAGAAGGCAGCGUUGCGACAGAGAAUCGGAGGCGAUCUAAAGAAACUUGACUCGAAUCAAAUAGAAAGACAAUCGGCCAUCAUCACAGAGCAAGUACUGCAAAUGCCAGCUUAUCAAAACGCGAAGGCAGUGGCCCUAUUUCUGUCAAUGCCUGGCAGGGAGGCUUCGACCCGAGAUAUUGUUCUACAUGCCCUCGACAGUGGAAAAUGUGUCUUUGUGCCUUAUCUUCAUGCAGGGGAAGCCCCAAAGUCAAAGGUAAUGGACAUGCUGCAACUACAUGACAAGGACGAUUUUCACUCGUUAAGCCCUGAUGCUUGGGGCAUUCCGUCGCUUUCCAAGGAUUCAGUCGAAACCAGGAGGAAUGCUCUUGGUGGGAUUGGGAUCUUGAACCACUCUUCGGGAGACCAACAAGACCCUCCUAGUCUGGAUCUAAUAUUCAUGCCGGCGGUGGCCUUCGAUCAGUCUCACCGUCGCCUUGGCCAUGGCAAAGGCUUCUAUGACCGCUAUCUCUCCAAAUACAAAGACACACUCAGCGGGAGCCAAAGUGGACGACCGAUGCCGCUCUUGGUAGGGAUUGCACUUCGCCAACAAGUACUGCCGCCAGGCGAGACGAUUCCCGCGGACGAGCAUGACUGGAUUGUCGAUCAAAUAGUAGUUGCUGAUGUCGAGUGAUGCGCCGACGGCAUCGUUCCUCUGGCACAGCUUAAUUUCCGUUCGAGUUGAUGCCUGAUAGGCCUGGCGCUUGGUGCUGAAUGAUUGCAAUAAGACCAACGCUUGUCUAUUCUAGUCCAGCGACUGGAUCAACGAGACAUUGUCGCCUUUCAAUAGGAUUUGUCCUGAAAGUCAUCAGCUGCUAUACACGCACCGAAGCCCAGGCUAGAUCGUACCAAGCUGCCUUCUCUUUUCUGGGGUAUCUCUUGUAGCUAGUUGUACCUCGACCGCAUCAUCAAUUA